AUGGAUAUAGGAAACUGUUCCUUGAAUGAAUUCAUUUUUGUGGGAGUUACCAAUAACCCAGAGAUGAAAGGGACGCUGUUUACCAUAUUUCUCCUCAUCUAUUUUAUAAAUCUUCUGGGGAAUCUUGGGAUGAUCAUUUUGAUCAGAAUGGAUCCCCAGCUCCACACACCCAUGUACUUUUUCCUGAGCCACCUCUCUUUCUGCGAUCUCUGCUAUUCCACAGCAAUUGGUCCCAAGAUGCUGGUAGAUAUGUUUGGUAAAAACAAGUCGAUUCCCUUCUGGGGCUGUGCUUUGCAGUUCUUCAUUUCCUGUACAUUUGCAGAUUCUGAGUGUGUGCUGUUGGCAGUCAUGGCCUUUGAUAGAUACCAGGCCAUUAGCAACCCCUUGCUCUACACAGUAAACAUGUCCAGCAGGGUGUGUUCUAUGCUCAUGGCUGGAGUUUACCUGGUGGGAACAUCAGAUGCUUUGAUACAUACAACUUUGGCAUUUCGCUUAUGUUUCUGUGGGUCUAAUGAGAUCAAUCACUUCUUCUGUGAUCUACCUCCACUUUACCUUCUCUCCUGCUCAAAUACUCAAGUAAAUGAGUUAGCACUAUUUACUGUUUAUGGCUUCCUUGAACUGAGCACAAUCUCAGGAGUCCUUGUUUCUUACUGUUACAUCAUUGCAUCAGUCUUUAAAAUCCGUUCAACUGAAGGGAGGCUCAAGGCUUUCUCCACCUGCACAUCUCACUUGACCGCAGUUGCUAUUUUUCAAGGAACUCUACUCUUCACAUAUUUUCGACCAAGUUCUUCUUACUCCCUUGAUCAAGACAAAAUGACAUCUCUAUUUUAUACCCUUGUGAUUCCUAUGCUGAACCCCCUGAUUUACAGCUUGAGAAACAAGGAUGUGAAAGAGGCCAUGGAGAAAAUGAAAAACAAAAGAUGCUUUUAA